CAGUGAGUAACUGAGUAUGAAGGGUAAGUGGAGUGGUCGCCAAUUAAGGCAUCCCAAAAAGCUCUGUUCCUGUUAGACGCCGACCAUCCCUUCCUAGUUCCUGCUAUGCAAACGCUACUUUUCCCGGCGGCUCGUUCCGGCGGCGCGCCUCUUUAUUUUCCUAUGACAUCGCAGGUGGUGGGGAAGCCCUCGGCCCUCAAUCUUCUCCAGCACAAAGCUGCCAUCGUUCCUCUCUCCUUGUCACAGACUCUAGCUCCCAUACGGAUUCGGAAUGUCCUCUCGCCGCCGCAUCUGGCACUCAAUUGCAGAGAAGGGGUUAGAGUCCUCGCCGCGGCUAACUAUUCUCCGAUCGACGAUAUCGAAAAAGCGAAGCUCGCUCAGGUCUCAGAGAGAUUGGAGAGUACUUCAAGGUAUUUCAAGAGAUUGGGGGGGUUAGGGUUUUGGGGGCAGCUGGUUUGCACACUUAUUGCGGCUGGGAUACUUUCUUUAUCCAUUGCCAUGACUGGGAAGAUUACAUCACCCUUUACAUUUUACUCUACUGCUGCGGGAAUCACUGCUGCCUUUGUUUCUGUUUUCUGGUCUUUUGGUUAUCUUCGUCUGUCUGAGAAGCUUAAGAGAACGGCCAGUCAGCCUUCAAAGGCACCUCCUAGGGAAGAUGUGGUGAAAAGCUUGAGAAAUGGGAUCGGGUUGAACCUUUUUGGAAUGGGUGCCACUGUAAUUGGUAUGCAAGCCACUGUAGGGCUGCUGGUAGGGAAGGCCAUUACUGCAUAUCCAUUUUAUCAGGGUGUUGGUUCUGGUAGUACUCCCGUGGUUGCAUUGGAUGUGUUUCUCGUGCAGGCAUCAGCAAACACCAUACUCUCGCACUUUAUUGGGCUAUUAUUCUCAUUGCUACUGUUGAACUCAGUGACAUUACAACCCACAAAAAGCAUUCCUGUUCCUAAGGUUGCAUAACCUCUCCGUAAGCGUGUAAACUGGUUGCCUCAGUUAUGGUAUUAACCUUUUUUUCAAGUUCUUUGAGCCAUUUUGAUUUAAUUCACUCAGUGAUGUGCCUAGGUUUCAUUUUCUACUCGUAUCAUUUUACAUUUAUUAAUCGCAUGUUAGUCUGUCCCAGACUAACUUCACCCCAAUGUGCAUUUUACAUUGUUGCUGUCCGAAUUUUUCAAUGAAAGCCAUGGCAUGUA